GCCGCGCCGCGCCUUCCACCUCUCUCGGCCUCCGCGCUGCAGCGAGCGUGCCUCUGCGGGGGUUUUGGUGUGGGGAGAGCGGCGCCGGCUUGCUUGCGGCGGCGGCGGGGAGCCGGGGGGAUGGUGCCGGGCGGCGAGCAGCCGGAGGACGCCAUCGUGGCGGACGCCGGCAACGGCAAGGGCGGGGAGGCGCUGCGCGCGAUGGGCGUGGCCGGCGACGACGCCGAGCAGCAGCAGCGCGACGGCGGGUUCAGCAUGAAGAGCCUGCUGUGGCACGGCGGCUCCGUCUGGGACGCCUGGUUCAGCUGCGCCUCCAACCAGGUGGCGCAGGUGCUGCUGACGCUGCCCUACUCCUUCUCCCAGCUGGGCAUGGUCUCCGGCGUGCUGCUCCAGAUCUUCUACGGCCUCAUGGGCAGCUGGACCGCCUACCUCAUCAGCGUCCUCUACGUCGAGUACCGCGCCCGCAAGGAGAAGGAAGGCGUCAGCUUCAAGAACCACGUCAUCCAGUGGUUCGAGGUCCUGGACGGGCUCCUGGGCCCGUACUGGAAGGCCGCCGGGCUCGCCUUCAACUGCACGUUCCUGCUCUUCGGCUCGGUCAUCCAGCUGAUCGCCUGCGCAAGCAACAUCUACUACAUCAACGACCGGCUGGACAAGCGGACGUGGACGUACAUCUUCGGCGCGUGCUGCGCCACCACCGUCUUCAUCCCCUCCUUCCACAACUACCGCGUCUGGUCCUUCCUCGGCCUCGGCAUGACCACCUACACCGCCUGGUACCUCACCAUCGCCGCCGCCGUCCACGGCCAGGUCGACGGCGUCACGCACUCGGGCCCGAACAAGCUCGUGCUCUACUUCACCGGCGCCACCAACAUCCUCUACACUUUCGGCGGCCACGCGGUCACUGUCGAGAUCAUGCACGCGAUGUGGAAGCCGCGCAAGUUCAAGUACAUCUACCUGCUGGCGACGCUGUACGUGUUCACGCUGACGCUGCCGUCGGCGGCGGCCAUGUACUGGGCGUUCGGCGACCAGCUGCUGACGCACUCGAACGCCUUCUCGCUGCUGCCGCGGACCGGGUGGCGCGACGCGGCGGUGAUCCUGAUGCUGGUCCACCAGUUCAUCACGUUCGGGUUCGCGUGCACCCCGCUCUACUUCGUGUGGGAGAAAGUGGUCGGGAUGCACGACACCGGGAGCGUCCUCAAGCGCGCACUGGCGCGACUCCCCAUCGUCGUGCCCAUCUGGUUCCUCGCCAUCAUCUUCCCCUUCUUCGGGCCCAUCAACUCCGCCGUCGGCGCGCUCCUCGUCAGCUUCACCGUCUACGUCAUCCCCGCGCUCGCCCACAUGCUCACGUACCGCUCGGCGUCCGCCAGAUUGAACGCCGCGGAGAAGCCGCCGUCGUUCCUGCCGAGCUGGUCGGGGAUGUUCGUGGUGAACGCGUUCGUGGUGGCGUGGGUGCUGGUGGUCGGCUUCGGGCUCGGCGGCUGGGCCAGCGUCACCAACUUCGUCAAGCAGGUCGACACGUUCGGCCUCUUCGCCAGGUGCUACCAGUGCCCGCCCAAGCCGCACGCCGGGUCGCCGUUGCCGGCGCCGCCGCACCACUAGGGGGGCGAGCGUGGCCAAAGUCUUACCGUGCCGGCGGCGGCGUCCGGAAGCGGGGACCUCCUCGGCGCAAAACGAGCCUCUGGAUUUUACUGGGUUUCCGGCCGGGACACCUUGCUGUGCGCAAAACCGUUCUAGA